UAUGGUUUGUUUGUAUAUUUAUGCAGCACGUGUAUAUAUAUGAAUUAAGAUGGCGCAUGUCAGAGAUAGUGACACUGCCCUUUGGUUGCAUAACAAACUUGGCUCUGCCGAGGAGCUUUGGAUACCAUCAAGUAUCAGUGGUAUUAUAAAAACGAGUACAAUCGACAACAUAUUUCGUUGCUUUCCUGUACUGACUACUACGGUGAAGUUAAAACUGUUGCUUGGCAUUCUGCACUUGCCGCGGAGAAACUUAGAAGAGAUGAAACACAUGAUUGAAGGAAUUAUUGAAGUUGCGUUGGAAGACACUGAUCUAUGGGUGAAGCUGGUUGCAAAUAUUGUGAACACUUAUCCGAUGACUUGUACACUUAAUCUUGAUUUGUUGUCGAGUCCAAUUGCUCAAAAUGUACUUGAUCAACUUUCAGAAAAAGUGAAUGAAACUGAUGCGUUCUCCAGUCUUCCAUUAGAAUGUCAGCUUGUAAAUAAAUCUUCGUUACAAAGUUUGGUUGGAAACUUGCCCCCUCUUAGUCGACAUUUUGCUUUAAAAAGAAAACCGAAGUCUGCCGCUCUACGUGCUGAUUUACUACAUAAAUCGAGUGAAGCAGUUACUCAAAUGAAGAAAGGUGGAUCCGGUGGUGCAGUGAAAAUGGCUCCUGUUAAACAUCGAGAUAUGAACCGGCGGUUAUCGGACGUUAGCCCAAUGAGAGGAAUACAAGUAAAAGCAACAAUGAACAGAUCGGAAAGUUUGCGAGUUACGUCUACUCCUGUUACUCCCGGUGUUAACAGAAGUUUCUCUCGCAUAUCAAGGCAGCAAGCUGGCGGCACAAAAUUGUUGGAUAUUUCUGAACAACCGAUUGGAGGAAGCGGGAUCGGAGCACGAGAUAGCAAGAGGAGGAAGAAGCAGAUGAUGUUGGAACAAUCAGCUCAAUCUCAGGCACAGGAAGACGAGGAAGAAGAAGAGCCGCAAGAGAAAGCUCCGGAUUAUGCUGCUGGGCUUGUACAGCCUGUUAUGGAUGUUCAAACGCAACCAGAGAAUGAAGAUAAACACGAGGAAGACUUAUCACGAUCUGCGUCACUGGAUGCAUCGCAUCAUCGCACAACAUCUGACUCUGCUGAGCAAUCGUCAGAUAACGAGGAACAAAUGGAAACUCAAGAAGUUGAAGAAACUGGCAAGUCGUCUACGUUUGAUUCAAGUAAAACAACGUCAAGCGAAAGUGACGUUAACUCUCCCCAUCGUUCCACAGCCAGUUCAUCAGGAAAGGAGGAAUUCAAAUCACCGCAAUAUUCAUCUCCACAUCUCCCCCCACCCCACAAACCACCUACAUCGCUCGAGAAAAAUCUUCAACCAGUUUACUCGGAGCAGCAGCAAUCAUCCGCACAAAGCAAUCUUCUUCAUUCUCCUCCCGUGGCUCCAAAUGUCUAUCAACUUAACAACCCCCUCUAUAACCCCCCCUCCCGCCCCCCGCUUGCACCCAACCAAGCACCUCAACCUCAAAUAUCAACCAGGUUACCUGCCCAACCACAACUCCAUGCAAAUGCAAGGAUGGUUCUCCCAGCUGGUUAUACGCUUGCCCAACACCACCAACCACAGAUGUUGAUACAACAACUACCACGUACAGUGCUGGAUCCGACACAACUUGGUCAGCAGCCGGUGCGACAAUCGUUUUACCAACCUCAGUUAUUACAUCAGCAAGCUCCAAGGCAAGUUAUUCGGCAACAAAUUCCCCAACAACAACAACAACAACAAGUACGACUUGUGCCAUCCAAUCUACACAGACAACAAAUGCAACAACAACAACAACAACAACAACAACAACAAGCAAUAAUGACCCAACAACCAACAGUGUUUAUGAAGAGCGCUCCUUUCCAACCCCAGCAACAAUUAACCCCCCCACCACCAAAACGAGGACUAACACUCACGAAAGAACAAAUGGUUGAAGCGCAAGAAAUGUUCCGAACAGCAAAUCGCUUAUCACGACCUGAAAAAGCGAUUAUUCUCGGUUUCAUGGCAGGAUCACGUGAAAACCCAUCACCAGAGCAUGGAGAUGUGCUGCAGAUUGUUUUAUCUGAAGCAAGACAAAACAUCCAGAACCCGAAUGGUGGAGGAAUCCUACCCGUUAUUGUUGAAACAUUGUUUGAAAUGGAUUACAAAACUGGAAAGUCCACUAAAAAACAACGAUUUAAAGCUGCCGUCACAAAUCAAGUAUCUGCAUUAAAGACCUAAAACUUCCUGCAAGUUUCAGCUAUUUUAAACUGUACGAUCAUUAGUGUGCUUACAGAGGACAUUCAUUCUGCCAUUUGUGAAAACCUAUUUUUCGUAUUAAUUUUUCCAGUGUAACUUUUAUGUUUGAACAGUACAAAAGAUAUUCGGAAAACUAAUUUUGUAUUGAAUUUAUUUUUGUCUCGCGUGCAUUUGCAUUUACUAUUUUUUCUGUUCCAUAUAAUAAAAUAUAAAUAUCAAA